AUGUGGUCGCCUGGAACACACGUCCAAUACACCGACAACAUCAACCGCAUUCAAUCCCGACUGAUCUCGAACGCCAACGAAUUCUUCGGCAAGAAAGCCUGCGCGCCUAUCUUUGAGGAUCCUGUCCCUGAAGUUUUGACCAUGCUGAACAAGCUGAUGUUCUCGACGUCGGUGUACGCGACGCAAGAGCUAGACGAGCAAGAUCUAUUCGCUCGAAUUGACCCUGGACUACAGAUCAGCUACGAUGUCCAGGGGCUUAGAAUCGAUGCCCAGCCUGUCUUUCAGACAAAAUGGGUGUUCUUCUGGGGUGCGGCGGCCAUACAAAUUUUAUGUGUUGUGGUUGUGUUGAGUACGUUUUGGGAUUUUUGGAAAUUGGGGAGGGCUGCCAGUCUGAGUCUUUUGGAGAUUGCGAGGGCUUUUGAUGCGGAGUUGACCAGGAGCCAUGGUUGCGCAUAUCCCGAGGGAUGGAGGCUGGCGGAGAUGCAAGAUAUAGGAGAGAGGAGGGUUCGAUAUGGGCUCGUCGGCAAGCAUGGCAGGUUGGGCUUUGGUGACAUCGAUACGGUUAGACGUCCAGAUAGAGGGAGCACAUUCGCAGGUUAG